AGAACGGACCCCACGGCGGAGGCCUGGGCUGGCACUGUCCUGUCCCCCUGCUCCCCACCCCAGCUGGCGGCCUCUCCAGCAGGAGCCUCCGGGUCCCUACUGUGACGUCCUCAUCCUGCUGGGAUGACACCACCAGCAAGGACAACUCCUGGGGCCCCUGCUGCUGACAGCCUGGGACGGACACCUUUCCCGGGAAGACGAAAGAACCAGGGACGACCCUCCCAGAAACCCACCCACCUCGGCUUGCAAGGGGCCUGAGUGGCCUCAGGCCGGGUCUGCAGCCAAGCCCAGCCCCACAGCGUGCUCGGAAGCCCGGCUGUCCGGAAGCCAGGGACGAGGCCUCACUGCACCCUCAGCGAGCCACAGUUUUCACAGUGGGACCCACUCCAAGGUGGGGAAUCCAACAGAAGACCUCAUUUCCCUGUUCACAGGUGGACACGGUGCUCUGGCCACCGUGACAGGGCAUUUCAGCCACGGGACUGGGAGACACAGACCCUCCUGCAAUGAACAGCCCCCAGCAAAACCAGUGCCUGGGGGUGGCGGGCCCUGCCCACCCCCAGGCACCUGCCUGGCUCGCUCAUUUCCUGAUGUUCAUCACACGGCGGGAAUCCACCUAGACCAGUCUCUUCACAGCUGUGGUAAGACAGGCCUGCCACUCACCUGCCUUCCGCUCCAAGGGCCCAGCACCCCGAGAUCCUGAUGCCAGGGCUGGCCUCGGGGAUGAACUGCCCCUCUGGGGCACAGACUGGCACACUGCCGGCCCAGGGCUUGACGGGGACCACCGUGCACCCCCAGAACACCCUGGACUGCCUGGAGUUGCAGAGCCAACCGCCCCCGGCGGAACAGGGAAGUCUGAGGUCCCAGCCUCCACCCUCCGAUCAAUCCAUCGAAUGUCAGCUUUCACCUGACUCAGCUUCCAGCAACAGUGCUGCGGCUGGGAGAACCUCUGCUGGAGGCAGGCUGGCCUCUCUGCCUGCCCACGGAGGCUUCCCUCCUGACCCCAGCCUGGGCAGAUGGGCAGGGGCUGGCCCACACUCAGGGAGGCUGGACCUGUCCUGGAUGGGGCUGCAGAGUUGGGGCGAGCACCCAGGGCCUCCACUCCUACUUGACAUCUUGUCUGGGCUUAAGGAAGUUGGCCUUUUGGGACCCCUUCUUCCUGCUGCUCUGGGCCCGCCUCCCUGCACCCCACAGCUGAAGCCUCAACUCCACCGGGACCAGCCCAGCAUGAGGAGCGCAGGCACCGCCACAGGCGCCCAUUCGUCCACUCGUCCACCAGCACGUCCAGUGCUAAGCGAGUCUGAGGUCCCUGUCCUCAUGGAGCUGACCCUCUAGGGGCAUGAGAAACAAGGGCAAGGUGGACAGACCACAGGGAUGUGGCUGCAGCAGGGAAGGAGAAGCUGGAGUGGAGGGCAGGGAGGGGCUCAGGGACACCUGGACUCCACCAGAGCCG